AUGCGUCUCCGCGUACAAAUGCCGAGGCGGCGAUAUGCUCUAGCGACUGUCGCUGCCUCAGGUGCUAUGCUCGCUGUGAAGCCUGUCUUCGCCCAAAACAAUGGCGGCAACGACAACGACAACGACAACGAUGAUAACGACCAGAGCAGUGGUGGAGCGGACUCACCGGCGUCCGAGACUCAAGAAGAUUCGGCACCAGAGUCAACAGCAGAGCCAGCGUCGGAAACGACGGAUGAACCCGCAGCUGAACCCACCAGCACCGAGGACGAGCCAGAGACCACUGCUGAACCCGAAUCAACGGCCACCGAAGAAGAAGAAGAGCCCACCAGCACGGCAGAGGAAGAGCAGACAUCGAUCACAGAGGAGCCUACCGAAACCACGACAGCGGCCGACAACGAGGACGGGACGACCCAGUUCGGAGGCGGUAUCACUGGAGGCCCAACGCUCACCCGCGGAUUUGGUAUUCCAGAGUAUCCUGCUGCGACUGUCCCUCCGACGUACCAUGCUCCGUUCAUGCACCAUUCGAAAGCCCCUGAUGGUACCGUCUUCAUCAUUGUUGGCGCCAUUUUGGGCGCCUUCGGACUUGGCAUCCUUCUCUGGCGUUUGAUCGGGGGCCUGCUGCUCCAUCGAUCCGUCGAGCGUGCCGCUAUGGCACAGCACGACGCGAACAGCAAGGCUGGCUUUCCGGCACCUCCUGCUCCGUUUUACAAGUACACCGACCAGGGGUCCAACAUGUCCCUUAGCGGUGGCGCUGCUGCUGGCCGUGGUGCUCGCCGAACAAACCGCGGCCCGACCCCUUCUGCAAACCCAAGCCACUCGAACCUGUUCUUUUCGCCAACUGCUGCCGGCACGGGCAGUACUGGCAAUCGCAGCUCGACAUUCCUCCCCUCUGGUUUCUACGCUGCAGGGGGUAACGCUGGGGGCGCGAACCACACUCACUCCAUCAGCUUGACAAACCUGCGGCCAGAUUCGCGGGGCCAUGGCGCCGCGCGUAACAUGACCGGCCCUUCGCCUCCCGACUCCCCAUCAUUCGCUGCUCGCCGAGACAUCAGCGCAUCGACGCUCAACCGCCCGAGCAGCCAACGGGCGCCCAGUGCCUACCUCGACGAUUUGCUGGCUGACGAUCCGGGCGCGCUGCCGCCCCCGCACAUGCCCCCGUCGACUGGACCACGCCACUCGAACCUGGGCCCUGGGUCGAACCGAUUUUGA